AUGUCUGGAAACUCGAACCAAAUGACCAAGGACGCUGCUUCUCGCAUCCAGUCCUCCUCGGAUAAGACCUUCAACCAGACGGGAAACAAGGACGGCGGCUUCUCCAGCCGUGCUCAAUCGGCUGCUGACAAGAACGCCAACGCCACGGCGGCGGCUUCUGGCGGCAACAAGCAGGGCGGGAUUCAGAAGAAGUAG